GGUAUCCCCUUAUAAACCCACACAGUUGGUAAAUUAAUAUGACCACCAUUCCAGUACUGAUGUCCCUAGUAGCUAUUUGCUACACUCAGGAACUUGUUGUUGAAGACAGACCUCUCAACAUUCUCCUGCUUAAUGGCUUGUUUGCUGGCCACCUGUUCCCACUGGUCAGCCUGGGUGAAGAGCUAGUCAGUAGGGGCCACAAUGUCUCCCUCUGCUCCACUGUCAUGGAGGGAUCAAAAUUGCUCCCAAAUCUACCAGAAAGUGUGGGAAUAAAGUUCCUAAAUGCUGGUUUGGAUGUUAUUACACUGGAAGAGUUUGAAGCACAAACCAGGAACCAAAAGGACGGACCUGGAGGUGCUGCAGUUGCUGACUUUGCUACAGUGGCUCAUCAAUCGACUGUAAAGAUUUUAAACAAAUUGGAAACUUACGGAAUUGAACGUUUUGAUAUGAUCGUAUGCGAUUUCUCUGUUAUACAUAUCGGACUACACUAUGCCAUCUUGGGCAGGAAAGUCAUUGCGUUCAGCUCCAUGCUUCCCCCCUACCCUGCUAUAGAAUCCCCCUGGCCUCUUCCAUUCACACUUAGCGGAGGCCAAUCAGACGAUUUGAGCUUCUUAGAACGUCUACAAAACUCGAUACUAGCACCUUUGCUCAUCCCAGCAUGGAACUAUCUAUUCUGGAUCUUCUGCAAAGGCGACGAGAGAUUGGAAACAACUCUAAAUGGUAUUAACUUUAUGCGAUAUCCUGGGAUUAAUAUUCCCCAUCUGAUAACAUCUGUAAUUGGGUUCGAUACACCUGCACUUCAAACUCCCCUCAGGCAUUACGUAGGACCUAUGGUGAAGAAAAGAACGGACAAAUUAGCAGAGGAUCUGGAGGAAUGGCUUAGUAACAAGAGAGAGAGAUCUGUUAUCUAUAUCAGCAUGGGUACCACUGGCUAUGUAUCCGGGGAUGUUGCUAGGACAAUCAUCGAAAGUGUGAUGGCAACGAAAUUUGAUGCAGUUUGGGCCCUGAGAGACAACAAUAGAGGGUCUAUAGAAGGUGUUGAAAUUGAUGACAAUCGAAUAUUUAUAUCGGGAUGGGUGCCACAGCAGACGAUACUCGCGCAUGCAUCGAUCCGAUUGUGUAUUCUCCAUUGUGGACUGAAUAGUGUGCAGGAGAGCCUAUACAAUGGCCUGCCUGUUGUGUGCCUGCCUCAUGCCUUCGAUCAUUUCGCGACUGGUGGGACCAUUCGUAAUAUUCGUGUGGGAAUAUCCAUGUACAGUUUUUUCGAUAGCAUUCUUGGGCAUACAGACGUAUCAAUAAAGGAUUUAACAAAUGCAAUCACGACAGUUUCAAGUGAUGGGUAUGUAGCAAAUGCUAGGAGGGUUUCACUCGUGUACAAGUUUGCUGGAGGAGCAGAGACAGCUGCAGGCCUGGUGGAGUACUAUACUGAUGUUGGGUACGAUCACCUCAUACCAGCCUUUGCAAGAUAUCAGUGGAGCUGGAUACAGUAUCGUAAUCUCGAUGUGUGUGCUGUUCUGUUUAGUAUUUUAGCUGUGUUUAUGUUUCUGUCGUACAAGUGCUUGUAUAGUUGUGUCUGUGUGAAAGUAUGUAGAAAGUGAUUUG